GUUAAUUGAAACCCUAGGCCUCGGCGGAAUCCGAAUCUUUUCCAUUUUAAGGCCUCGGAUAUUUAAGGCCGUUCCCGCGAGCCGUCGCCAUCUCCCUCGCCGUCAGUGCCCCCACCUCUCUCUCGGAAGCGUAGUAGAUUUUGAUAUCGGGAGCCAUGUCGGACGAGGAGCACCACUUCGAGUCGAAAGCUGAUGCGGGAGCGUCGAGGACCUUUCCACAGCAGGCUGGAACUAUCCGCAAGAACGGGUAUUUAGUGAUCAAGGGGAGACCCUGCAAGGUUGUGGAGGUCUCAACCUCUAAGACUGGGAAACAUGGCCAUGCCAAAUGUCACUUUGUUGCAAUAGACAUCUUCAAUGGAAAGAAGCUGGAAGAUAUUGUGCCCUCGUCUCACAACUGUGACGUUCCUCAUGUUACUCGUACUGACUAUCAGCUCAUUGAUAUCUCUGAGGAUGGAUUUGUGAGUCUGCUGACUGACAAUGGUAGCACCAAGGAUGAUUUGAGGCUCCCAACUGAUGAGUCCCUUCUGACGCAGAUUAAGGAUGGGUUUGCAGAAGGGAAGGAUCUGGUGGUGUCUGUGAUGUCUUCAAUGGGGGAGGAACAGAUUUGUUCCUUGAAAGAUAUUGGCCCAAAAUAGACGCUCGAGCCAUUUGAGACUUUUGAGAAAAUCUGUAGUUGCUGAGAACGAAGGGCUGGGAUAUUUGCCCAAGCUUUAAAACUUAAAUUUAAAAUUCUAAUUAUAUUCAUUAUUUCUCUACUGUUAUAAAUAUUUGCUUAACGUUGUUCAUUUUGGUGUUGACAAUUGCUUUAUAGACAAGGUUAUGUGGUCGGUGCCUGUGUUGAUUUCAAACUCAUGUAUUUUGAAUACCCUCGCUCAAUUAUUAUAACAAUUUAGCUACGCAUCA